UCUUCGAAAAUUCAACCAUUAAUGAUCCUAUGUGGGGAAAAAUCCGAAAAUCAUAGUAGUUCAGUGGCAUAUGCUCUCAUCAUGCUGAUGGUGACCUUUCAAUAUCCUAAUUGGGGAAUGGGGUUUCUGUUGCAUCCAUAAAUUCACGAUCAAAAAGUCAACCAGUGAUCCAUUCAUAAAAAUGGAGAAAUCGAUGUUUGGAAGACGAUUUGAAGGAAAAGUUGCAAUUGUUACAGCUUCAACUCAGGGCAUAGGGUUCAGUAUUGCUCAACGGCUUGGGUUUGAAGGUGCCUCUGUCGUCAUCUCUUCUCGCAAACAGAAAAACGUUGAUGAGGCGGUUGGAAAGCUCAAAGCACAAGGAAUUGAAGCGUUGGGGUCGGUAUGCCAUGUUUCUAAUGCGCAACAGAGAAAGAAUCUCAUUGAGCAGACAGUUCAGAAAUAUGGGAAAAUAGAUGUAGUAGUGUUAAAUGCUGCGGUUAAUCCGUCUGUUAAUCCCAUUCUCCAAACUAAAGAAUCAACCCUUGACAAACUUUGGGAAGUCAAUAUUAAAACCUCCAUACUACUUCUUCAGGAUGCAUCUCCUCACUUAUCCAAAGGUUCAUCGAUUGUUUUCAUUUCGUCUAUCAGUGCAUUCCAACCGCCACCUGGCAUGGCUAUGUAUGGUGUCACAAAGACUGCUCUUCUCGGUCUUACCAAGGCUCUUGCAAGUGAGUUAGCCCCACAUACGCGUGUUAACUGUGUGGCCCCUGGGUUUGUGCCUACACACUUUGCUUCAUACAUUACCAGCAGUGAAGCCAAGAGAAGGGAGAUGGAAAACAUGACGUCUCUCAAAAGGCUUGGGACCACACAAGACAUGGCUGCAGCCACCGCUUUCUUGGCUUCUGAUGAUGCUUCGUAUAUAACCGGUGAGACUAUUGUGGUUUCUGGAGGAACUCCAUCAAGGUUAUAAACGUCUUUUGUUAGUUGUUACAUUUUGCAAACGUGUUCACUUGUGACUUCUGAUAAGCUUUGGUGUAAGUGUAAGCUAAUAGAUCAUUUCUCAGGUUAAGGUCACCUGUUCACUUUAAUCUAUUUUUAAUCCUUUUGACAAC